GGGAAGCGGAGACCAGCUUCUUCCCGAGCGGCGCGCUGCGGAGGCCGGAGUCAUGACGGGCGAAGUGGCUUCCGAGGUUCACCUAGAAAUCAAUGAUUCAAAACUCAUUUCACAAGAAGAAGCAGAUAGUCCUUCAGACAGUGGACAGGGCAGCUGUGAAACAGUUGGGCUUUUGAGUGAACAAGAUUCAGAUGAAGAGAUAUUUGUGAGUAAGAAAUUGAAAAGCAGGAAGGUGCUACAAGAGAGUGAUUCUGAACGAGAGGGCACAAAUGCCUCUCCAGAGAAAACUACCUAUGACGAUAUUGAGGAGGAAGAUAAGGAGAACUUACAUGCCGGAAAAAAUGGAAAAGUCAGAAGGAUUUACAGAACUCUGGUGAACAGUGAUGAGAGUGACAUCGAGGAGUCUUUGUGUCACGAAAAUCUUGAAACCCAGGUGACACCUUGCUUAGAGCUGAGUCUCCAAUCUGAAAACUCUGUGGAUUUUACAGUUGACAGAAAGAUUUCCAAAAAACCCAUACAUGAUAAAGAAGGAAUUGGAGGAAAAACAAAAGUAAAAUCAAAGCGAAGACUCGAGAAAGAGGAGAGAAAGAUGGAGAAAAUUAGGCAGCUGAAAAAGAAGGAAACAAAAAAUGAGGAAGAUGAUGUGAAACAGCUAUUUAAUGACAGUGGCUGUCUACUUGUGGAUAAAGACCUUUUUGAAACUGGGUUGGAGGAGGAAAAUAACUCUCCAUUAGAAGAUGAAGAGUCAUUAGAAUCAAUAAGGGCAGCUGUGAAAAACAAAGUAAAAAAGCACAAGAAAAAGGAACCAUCUUUGGAGAGUGAGGUCUAUUCACUUGAAGAAGAAACUGAGUUAUCAAAAGGCACCACGAGGAAGGAAAGAAAAGCAGCCAAGUUAAGUAAGGAAGCAUUAAAACAAUUGCAUAGUGAGACUCAGCGCCUUAUUCGAGAGUCUGCACUUAAUCUUCCAUAUCAUAUGCCUGAGAAUAAAACUGUUCAUGAAUUCUUCAAACGUAAACCCCGGCCCACUUGCCAGGGAAAUGCCAUGGCGCUACUGAAGUCAUCUAAGUAUCAGGCAAGCCAUCACAAAGAAAUCACAGACAUUGAAAAUACAACUGAGAUAAAUAGUGACCACCAUAGCAAAGAUUCUGAGCAGACAACAGGUGCAGGAUAUGAAAUGGAAAUUAAUGCACUCCCUGCAGUUUCAAAGGAACCCCAGAUUACUACUGGAUCAGAUGAGUCUUGCAGUAAGGAUUUGACAGGAAGUGAAGAGCUAGAAAUUCCCGAGAAACAGGAGCAGAGUGAUGCUAGACCUUCACCUGGGGACAUCUCGGUGGCACAACAGGAAUGCAGCUUCCUUGGGAAUAAGGACAGUGAGGAGUAUCAGGCUGGAGGGCUUGUGGCACCUGAACCUUGUGCCCUGGAGGAAGAAGAAGGCCUGAAAAAAACAGAAGCAGAUGAGAAGGUGGAAGAGCCCAGCCAACAAACUAAAUCAGCCGCAGUGGUGCCACCUGAGAAAGUGAGGAGGUUCACUGUGGAUAGACUUAAGCAACUGGGAGUAGAUGUUUUCAUUCAACCUCGGCUGGGUGCCGACAAAGAUUCUUUUGUGAUACUUGAAGAACCUGAAACCAACAGAGAACUGGAAGCCUUGAAGCAGCGUUUCUGGAAGCAUGCUAAUCCAGCAGCCAAACCCAGGGCUGGUCAGAAGGUGAAUGUGAACAUCAUAGUGAAAGAUGUGGGCACUGAUGGAAAGGAAGAGCUCAAGGCAGAUGUGGUACCUGUGACUUUGGCAGCUGAGAAGCUGGAUGGAGCAAGCCACACAAAACCAGGGGAAAAGCUUCAGGUGCUGAAAGCUAAGCUGCAAGAAGCAAUGAAACUCCGAAGGUCUGAGGAACGCCAAAAGCGCCAAGCAUUACUCAAGUUAGAUAAUGAAGAUGGAUUUGAAGAAGAGGAGGAGGAGGAAGAAAUGACGGAUCAGUCCGAGGAAGACGGAGAAGAGGAGGGAGAGGAAGCUUUGGAGGAAGAAGAGGCGAAAGAGGAGGAAGAGGAGGAAGAAGGCAAUCAGGAGAUUGCAGAAUUCCUUCUCGGUAGUGAAGAAAUAGAAACCAAAGAUGAGAAAGAAAUGGAUAAAGAAAACAAUGAUGGCAAUGGUGAAAUUGGCAAGUCAGUUGGCCUUCUCUCUGUCCCCAAGCCUCUCUUGUCAGAUUCUACCUUCCUUCUAUUUAAGGACAACUCUUCCAAGAUGGGUUACUCUGCUAGUGAAGAAAAAUCAGAAAUAGAUGAAAACUCAGGCAAAAGACCUAACAAACUAGAUGAAGAUGAUUCAUGCUCAUUAUUGACAAAGGAGAGCAGCCACAAUAGCAGCUUUGAGCUGAUAGGCUCCACAAUUCCAUCCUAUCAGCCUUGCAACAGACAAACAGGCCGUGGGGCCAGUCUUUUCCCUACAGCAGGAGGAUUCAGAUCUCCUUCCCCUGGACUAUUUCGAGCCAGUUUGGUCAGCUCAGCUUCUAAGAGUUCAGGAAAGCUGUCUGAGCCUUCACUUCCCAUAGAGGAUUCCCAGGAUCUGUAUAACGCCUCCCCAGAGCCUAAGACACUUUUCCUAGGAGCAGGAGACUUCCAGUUCUGUUUAGAAGAUGACACUCAGAGCCAACUGUUGGAUGCAGAUGGGUUCUUAAAUGUUAGAAACCACAGGAAUCAGUACCAAGCUUUGAAGCCUCGAUUGCCAUUGGCCAGUAUGGAUGAGAACGCCAUGGACGCCAACAUGGAUGAGCUGCUGGAUUUGUGUACAGGGAAGUUCACAUCUCAGGCUGAAAAACCUCUGUCCAGGAAGAGCGACAAGAAAGAGAACAUGGAGGAACUUCUGGAUCUUUGUUCAGGGAAAUUUACUUCUCAGGAUGUCUCUACUCUGGCUCCAUCAGAGUUAAAUAAGCAGGAGAAGGAGAGCAGUCUGGGUGAUCCAAUGGAAGAAGCACUUGCUCUUUGCUCAGGCUCUUUCCCAACAGACAGGGAAGAAGAAGGUGAAGAGGAGGAAUUUGGAGACUUUCAGCUUGUCCCAAAUGAUAAUGAAUUUGAUAGUGAUGAGGAUGAACACAGUGACUCUGACAAUGAAGACCCGGCCCUAGAAGACCAUGAAGAUAAUGAUGAGGAAGACCUCCUGCAGCAAUCCGAGAAGUUGAAAAGGCAAAUGAGAUUAAAGAAAUACCUGGAGGAUGAGGCAGAGGUGUCAGGGAGUGACGUGGGAAGUGAAGAUGAGUAUGAUGGGGAAGAGCUUGAUGAAUAUGAAGAGGAUGUAAUUGAUGAAUUACUUCCUUCUGAUGAGGAACUGCACAGUCAAAUCAAGAAAAUACACAUGAAAACAAUGUUGGAUGAUGAUAAGCGACAGUUACGUUUGUACCAAGAAAGGUACCUUGCUGAUGGGGACCUGCACAGUGAUGGUCCUGGACGAAUGAGGAAAUUCCGAUGGAAAAACAUAGAUGAUGCUUCCCAGAUGGACUUGUUCCACAGAGACUCUGAUGAUGAUCAGACUGAAGAACAGCUUGAUGAGACAGAAGCCAGAUGGAGGAAGGAGCGAAUUGAACGAGAGCAGUGGCUUCGGGACCAGGCACAGCAGGGGAAAAUUGCAGCUGAAGAAGAAGAGGAGAUUGGGGAAGAAAGUCAGUUUAUGAUGCUGGCCAAGAAAGUUACAGCCAAAGCUCUGCAGAAGAAUGUCAGUCGCACUGUGGUUAUUCAAGAAUCAGAGUCUUUAUUCAGAAAUCCUUUUGAAGCCACCAAACCGGGAAGUGACAACCAGCUGAAGAUGGGCUCACUGCUAAACCAGCCCAAAGCUGUGCUUCAGAAACUGGCUGCCCUGUCUGACCUCAACCCUAGUGCUCCCCGAAAUUCAAGAAACUUUGUCUUCCACACACUUUCUCCUGUCAAGGCUGAGGCAGCAAAGGAAUCAUCUAAGCCUCGGGUAAGGAGAAGGGGUCCAUCUUUAAUGACAUCCCCGUUACCUAAGCGCCUCAAAACAGAUGAUAGCACUUCAGGAUCGAAGCAAAGCAUCUUCAGAUACUUGGAAAGCUAA